AUGGUGAACCCAGUUAUAAACUAUAAAUUUGUGUACAGUGAACCAGUUAUAAACUAUAAAUUUGUCUACAUGAACCCAGUUAUAAACUAUAAAUUUGUCUACAGUGAACCCAGUUAUAAACAUUUGUCUACAGUCAGUUAUAAACUAAAUUUGUCUACAGUGAACCCGUCUACAGUGAACCAUGAACCCAGAACCUACAGUGAACCAGUUAUAAACAAAUUUGUCUACAGUGAACCCAGUUAUAAACAAAAAUUUGUCUACAGUGAACCCAGUUAUAAACUAAAAUUUGUCUACAGUGAACCCAGUUAUAAACCAGUGAACCCUAUAAACUAUAAAUUGUCUACAGUGAACCCAGUUAUAAACUAUAAAUUUGUCUACAUUAUAAACUAUAAAUUUGUCUACAGUGAACCCAGUGAACCCAGUAUAAAUUUGUCUACAGUGAACCCAGUAAACUAUAAAUUUGUCUACAGUGAACCCAGUAAAUUUGUCUACAGUGAACCCAGUUAUAACUAUAAAUUUGUCUACAGUGAACCCAGUUAUAAACUAAAAUUUGUCUACAGUGAACCCAUGAACCCAGUUAAAUACAGUGAACCCAGUUAUAAACUAAAUUUGUCUACAGUGAACCCAGAAUACAGUGAACCUACAGUGAACCCAGUUAUAAACGAUAAAUUUGUCUACAGUGAACCCAGUUUAAACUAUAAAUUUGUCUACAGUGAACCCAGUUAUAAACUAUAA